ACUCCAAGCCCAAUACCAAACUCAAAGUCGGGGCGCGCUUUCCGUACACGCGCGAACGUUGUUGUAAUUCCGCAGUAUUCAGCUCCACUUGGACGCUGCGUUUCGGUCGUACAGAAGCAGCACCGAUGGGCGCCUCAGAAUCCACACUCUCAAGCUCACAGAGGCCGGCCGAAGAAAUCACCACCGUGUCGGAACGAUCAGAGACCGCCGAUCCCGUCUUAGAGAAGCUCAAAUCCCUCAAAAUCUCGACGCCCCUGCUGACUUCGCCCCCGGCUGAGGGCAGCUUGACUGACAUUUUAGUGAGGAAGCCUUCGUCUUCUUCAGUGCCAAGUGUUGUGGAUCCGAAAGUGCUAUUGGAACUCUUCUCAAUGUACCGUGAGUGGCAGGAGGAUAAUGUCCAAAAGAUAAGCAAAAGACAGGGAGAGGUAGAAAAUAAAAUAGAGGUUACGGAUGCUUUGGCUGCUAAACUUCUUCAACGUUUUAAUUAUUCAGUGUCGGCAAUGAAGACAUCUUCACAACAUUUAUCCGAAGUUCAUUCGUUGCAGGUGGAGAUUGGGGAGCUUAAAGGAAGGUUAACAGAGGUCAUUAGCAACUGUGAUGCACUGUGCCGGAGAAUAUCUGUUGAAGGACCCGAAUCCCUCCGGUCAUCCAUCAAGCCGUUUGCAGUCUGCACCACCGGCCAAGAAAUCCAAUCUAGCUCUAGCUCAUCCGACGUGCAAAGAGAUCCAGACCAAAGUCUACCAUCCGCAGCAUCCAAGUUAGACUGAUUUUGCAUUUUUUCGUGUACAAAAUCUAUGAACGAAAACACGUUUGAUUAAUUUCUUUUCGGCAACAUUGAGGCGUAUAAAAAUUCUAGUUGAUUGUUA